AUGGGAAAGCCCAAACGCAAUGUCCUCGCUGCCGCCGAGGAGACUCUAACCCCUCCUGCGUCCCUCGAACCAAACCAAUCUCUCGUCCGCGUCGUCAAGCCUGAAGGAAACAACUUGUACACCUGCGAGCUGGCCAACAAGAAGACCGUCCUCUUGGAGCUUGCACAGCGCUUCCGAAACACAAUUUGGAUAAAACGCGGUGGCUAUGUGCUAGGCGAGCGAUAUGAAGAGGGUGCCAGCGAUACUCGUGCCGAUGGAGAGAUUGUAAAUGUGGUUCGGGACGAAAAGCUCUGGCGAAAGCAGGCUUAUUGGCCGAAGGAGUUUACCAAGAACACCUACGAUCUUAGCGACGACGAGGAUGACUCUAAUGUUGGAAAGAUGCCGCCGAGCGAUUCCGAAGAAGACUGA